AAGAGCCCGGUAUCUUACCGUUGUUACCUCCAUUUUAGGAUACAGAUGGCAUAACCUUCUUUAACCGAUCAUACAGUGAAGAGUUCAUAGGCCACGCGCUGUCGAAGAGUUGUCAACUCUUGCUCGCGCUUCCUCUUUCCAUCUCUACUUCAUUCUUAUCCUGAGUUCAAAGGCCACAUAUUGCAGUCAUGAGCCGAUCCGGUUUGGUCUUCGACCGCCUCCUUCAAGCUUUCCGAGGCACACCUACCUACUCCCAGCUCUUGAUCUUCGUUGCAGUGAGUAGUGGAGGUCUUGUGGCAUAUGCUGAUGCAAAAUCAGAUGACGAAAUUAAAUCUUCUCAAAUGUCUACUAGGAAAAGAGUGGUAGUGCUUGGAACAGGUUGGGCUGGUACGAGUUUCUUAAAAAAUAUAGAUAGUCGUGUGUAUGAUGUGCAAGUGGUGUCACCUCGUAACUACUUUGCAUUUACUCCUCUAUUACCGAGUGUCACAUGUGGAACAGUAGAUGCCCGAAGCAUUGUUGAGCCUAUCCGCAAAAUCAUAAAAAAGAAAGAUGGUGAAAUUACAUUUUGGGAUGGUGAAUGUUUGAAGAUUGACUCCAUCAACAAAAAAGUUCACUGUCUUCCUUGUAUCGCAACUAAGUCAGACAGCAGUCGUGAAUUUAUAGUUAGUUAUGACUACUUGGUGAUUGCAGUUGGGGCCAGGGUGAACACAUUUAACACACCUGGUGUUGUAGAGAACUGUCAUUUUCUGAAGGAAGUAGAGGAUGCUCAGAACAUUCGUAAGGAUGUGAUGCUUUGUUUUGAAAGAGCCAACCUACCAGAUCUUGAUGAGGAAGAAAGAAGGAAAGAUGUUCAUUUUGUGAUUGUUGGAGGUGGUCCAACAGGGGUUGAAUUUGCUGCAGAGUUACAUGAUUUUAUCACUGAAGAUUUGGCUAAAUUAUAUCCUAAAGUUAAAGAUUUGGUGAGGAUAUCACUUAUUCAAUCUGGGGAGCAUAUACUUAACAUGUUUGAUGAGAGAAUCGCAAACUUUGCAGAAGAGAAAUUUCAAAGAGAUGGUAUAGAAGUGAAGACAGGUUUUCGGGUUGUGAAGGUGUCGGACAAGGACAUCACCAUGAAGAGUAAAUCUAUGGGAGAGAUUUCUGUACCGUAUGGAAUGGCUGUCUGGUCUACUGGAAUCGCUACCCGGCCUGUCAUACUGGACUUCAUGAAACAAAUUGGUCAAUCUAAUAGGCGUGUGCUAGCUACUAAUGAAUGGCUUAGAGUUUGUGGAUGUGAAGAUGUGUAUGCACUUGGUGACUGUGCCACAAUAGAUCAAAGGAAAGUGAUGGAAGAUAUCUCUGCAAUCUUUAAGGUAGCAGACAAAGACAAUUCAGGAACAUUAACUGUAGAGGAAAUCCAAGAUGUUUUAGAAGACAUCUAUGCAAGGUAUCCGCAAGUAGAACUAUAUUUGAAGACGAAGCAUAUGAGUGAUUUUCUAGAUCUCUUGAAAGACGCGAAAGGUGAUGCUGCAAAAGCAUCAGUGGAUAUAAACAUUGAACAGUUCAAGGAAGCUCUUGCCGAUGUUGAUUCACAAGUGAAGACUCUCCCUGCGACAGCUCAGGUUGCUGCACAACAAGGACAUUAUCUUGCUCAAUGCUUCAACAAGAUUAAGGUCUGUGCUGAGAAUCCAGAAGGUCCUCUUCGUAUGACUCAAUCGGGUCGCCAUCGAUUUAAACCCUUCCGGUACAAGCAUUUUGGGCAAUUCGCUCCACUGGGUGGAGAGCAAGCGGCCGCGGAGCUUCCUGGAGAUUGGAUUUCUAUAGGCCAUGGUUCGCAGUGGCUUUGGUACUCUGUUUAUGCAAGCAAACAAGUCAGCUGGCGCACAAGGGUCCUUGUGGUAUCAGACUGGUUGAAGCGUGCCAUAUUUGGCAGGGACUCAAGCUGCAUCUAGUAAGCAGCAAAAGCCAGCUUUGUCACAAAUGUCAAUUAAACCGUCCAUUAAUCAUUGCUGUAUUUUGCUUUCUAUGCAUGUCUUUAAUAGUCAAUUUCCCGUUUGCGGUUCUUGCAUAUUCUGCUUGAUGAGAAUGCUCAACUCUGUAUACUGAUUGGUGUUGUAUAGAAAGUAAUAGAUUCAAUAAAAGUAUUACUGAAAGUGUAAUAUUUAUAUUCA